UUUUGAUUCGGAAGGGAAGCGGAUGUUGUGCCACGCUAAAAUUCUUCCGUGUGAACUGCCGACUUCUGUGGGAUUUCAUCCAGGAUUCAGCUCCUCACUGAAGGGAUGUUGCGGCGUCCCCAACCAUCGGACUCUGAGGCGGAUCUCCUGAGAGAGCAGGAGCGUUUUCUGACCUCAGGUGCUUUCUCUGCUGCCAGCGUUGUCCGCCGUCCUGACAAGAGGAGAGGCGAAGCUGGAGCAACAGAUGGAGCACACAGUGACGAAAAUGGAGGAAAUCAGAAGGAUGUGGUUACCAUAGAAGAUCUUCCAGACCAGCUUCCAUCUCUGACACCAGCUCCUCCGAAGAAAUCCCGCUUUAAAGCUAGCCGUGUUACCUUUGAGGAUGAGGAUGCUGAGGAGAGGCUGGACAGACAUGACACUCACAUCAGUGCAGUUCUCUCUAGGAUCGUUGAGAGAGAUACCAGCUGUGCUCCAGUGUCUCUACCAGCAUUUACAGGCAUGGCAUUCCCCAAAGUACUGCACCGCUCAGAAACAAGCAGUCAGGUACCACCUUCAUCACUUGGAGGAAAGAAGAGCAUCUUUGCUCGUCAGAUUGCUGCUCAGAGACUUCAGGAAGCCAAGAAACCUUUACAUGGUUCAUCUGAUGCUUCUAAAACUCCUCAAUCAGGAGAGCAGAACCUCCUUCCUGAUACUGAACCAUCUAUACAUUCAGGCCCCAGGUUGGUGUCAGGUCAGGGACUUGGGGUCCCUGAUAGCUUAGGUGAGACCAUGAGAAUCCACAGAGAGAACCAGGCCAAGCUCCAAGCAAUGUCUCAAUCUGAGAUAGUUGAGGAACAAAGGAAACUCUUGUCCCAGCUUGAUCCCAGACUGGUGGAGUUUGUCAGAUCUCGCAAAGCUCAGAGUGACCCGUCCUCUGCGCCCUCAUCCAAACACCAGGAGGACAAGAGCAGAAAGGAAGAUACUCCUCUUGAAAGUGUUAGCGGUGCGCUCUCUGGUGCUGCUGAGUUGUUUGAACAACCUCAAGAAGUGGAGAUGGCUGAGGGAGAUGAGGAGCUAGUGCAAACACCAGUGAUGACCGAGGAGGAGCUGCCAGUGAAGCCUCAGAAGAAAUGGGUCCACAUGGAUAAGCUGGAGCCAGAUAAGCUGGAGUGGAUGAGAGAUUUGCCUGCACCCAGAAGAAAAGGAACCAAGAAGGCCAUGCAGGCUCGUUUUGACUUUGCGGGGACCUUAAUUCCACCUACUGAGGAUCUGCCAACCCACUUAGGCCUGCACCAUCACGGAGAAGAACCUGAGCGGGCAGGUUACUCCCUGCAGGAACUCUUCCUGCUGUCUCGGAGUCAGAUCAUCCAGCAGAGGUCUCUGGCUCUCAGCACUGUGGCCAACAUCCUCUCAAAGGCGCGAGAUGGGGAGUACCUGUCGGUUCUAAAAGGCAGCGUGAUUUCCACUCUGCUCGACGCUGGCCUGCUCUUCCUGCUUCGCUUUGCUCUGGACGAUGGUGUGGAGGGAGUGAUGUCUGCAGCAGUCCAUGCACUUAAAGCCCUCCUUGUUUGUACAGAAGAUGAAGAAUGUUUGGACUUAACCUUUUCUUGGUUUCGCGGUCUGGCCUCCUUCCCUCUGCUGCCAUCUUCUCAAGAGGAAGAAGAUGAGGAGGAUGAAGGGCUUGAUGAAGUCAUGAAGGAGACAGCCAAGGAAAAAGAAGAGAGGAAGAGUGAUUAUGAUGUUUCCAGACAGGAUGUUGUCAAAGGUUUGAUGAAGAUGAAGUUGCUCCCCAGGCUGCGCUACAUUCUUGAAGUAGUCCGACCAUCACCUCGGGUUGUCCAGGACAUCCUGCAGAUCCUGACACGUGUCGCGCGGCACUCCUCAUCCUCUGCCACACAGGUGUUGGAUUGUCCUCGUCUGAUGGAGACAGUGAUGUCCGAGUUCCUUCCCACUUCCUGGGUGGCAUUAGAUUUACUCAAACCUCAGUCCAUUUAUGGACACCCGCUGGCCAGCGCCAUGAAGCUUUUAAGGGUUUUGGCUACAUCUGGCAGACACGCCUGUGCUAGACUGUUAAACUCUUUGGGAGUGAAGGAGCGUUUAUCAUGCCUGCUAAGUGCUGAGCCCAGUGAGCUGCUGCUGCAGCCGACAGAGGCUCUCAGGAUCACCACCGAGGCGUACAGGCUGUGGGCUGUAGCCGCCGGCUACGGACAGGCUUGCAAACUGUACAUAGACCUGUAUCCAGCUUUAGUGAAGACACUGCAAACUGUCCACCAAGUUCUGUCCCCCUCAGACCCUCUGCAGCUCCAGCGACUCUCAGCUCUGCUUUCUCUGCUCACUCAAGUUACACACACUGCUGGCUGCCAUCAGUUGCUACAAGCUGGCAUGGUCAGCGCUCAAGGCGAGGAGUGUCCCCCUCCACCUCCUGUGUCUUGGGGUCAUGUCAUUGGGUUACAGGCAUCGCUGCUGGGACAUUUAAAGGGUUUUGUCAAGAGUCUUGACAAUCCAGUCCAGAAAGACAGCAGCUUGGCUCUCAUACCAGUUUACCUGGUCUAUUUAGAAGCUUACUACUACCAGCUCUCCAGACAGAACUGUUUCAAGCCAGUGGAGACUCUUCAAGAACUGGAGCUUCUGACGUCCGAGGUUCUUCUCCCUCUUAUGUGUCACAGUGCUGUGCAAAGCCUGAUGAAGAAUCUCAGGUCUUCCUCAGUGGUGUGCACUGUUCAGUCUGGUCAGCUGGACCCAGAGACUACUCCUAACCUGCCUGGUUUGGCCUGCCCAGGAUGGAGGAGCUGUCCUGGGAUGGUUGUCUCUAGCUCGCCCUUCCCUCUUCUGACAGGACUGGGACUCCUCUUGGAAACAAUCACAGGAAUCCAUAAAGGUCUCAGCAGCAAGUUUACUGGCCUCCUCCUGUCAGAGCCUGUGAUUGGUUACCUGCACAGCUGCUGUCAGGCUAAACCCACUUUUUCACACUCCAGGGCUUGGCUCCUGCAUCAUGAACACCAUCUCCUUUACCUGCUGCUCCAGCUGGCACACAGACUGGUUCCGACUGAGCCAGAAGUAGCAAAACAUGCUUCACUUUACCACCAGGUGACGCUGCUGCUUCUUCAAUGGUUGUUGCCAGGCAGUGAAUACUUGGCGCAUGAACUGCUCUCCACUAUUGUUUUCAGCAAGGAUUUCAUAUCAGAGGGACACAGCGGAGGACCUGAGGCCGUAGAACUCGGGGAGCUGAAGCUUCAUGAGGACACACAACACACCUCUCUAUCGUUCCAGACUGUCGGCGCACUCCUGAGAGAAGCCUGCAUCCAGCUACCAUCCAUACGAGGCUGCUUCCUGACUCAUUUGGCCCAUCUGGAGCCAUCUGUACUUGCAUCCAGAGAUGCUUACCUGGGGCGUAGCCCGUGGAUCAACUCCCAUCUUCUUCCAGAGCUCACCGGCCCCACACUACCGUCCGACUGGCCUUUCCUCCCGCUAGUCAGCCUGUACGAGCGAACAGGGGUGUCUGAUGGUGGAGGGCUGGCAGUGGAGGAGCUGCCUCAGGGGGCGCUGCAGACCGUGACCCACUGUCUGCAGUGGCUGCUGCUGCUGGAGGUCUGGAGGGAGGAAAGUCUGAAGGUGAUCCCUCCUGUUGCCAAGCUCGCUCGCCUGUCCUGUGUGUUCCUGUGUUCUAGUGAUUUGUUCUUGGAGAAACCUGUUCAGAAACUGACCUGGGGUCUGUUCAGACUGCUGACCAGGGGAUCCAGGCUGGACUCUUUGGACUUGAACGUGCCUCCUCCUGGUCUUGCCUCCUUCCAGGACUUGUAUACAGCCCUCUUGGCCCAGUAUGAAGCUGUGUCUUUUGGAGACCGCUUGUUUGGCUGCUGGGUCCUCUUGCCUUUGCAGAGGAGGUACAGCACCACUAUGAGGCUGUCUGUGUUUGGAGAACAUGUGGGGAUGCUCAGAUCACUGGGGGUCACGUUGGAACAGCUGUCUAUCCCUAUCGAGCGAUUCACGUCGCCACCUGAAGACUCCCUGCCUCUCCUUCGCCUCUACUUCCGCUCUUUGGUAACAGGGACUCUGAAGUUCUCCUGGUGUCCUGUCUUAUACGUGGUUGCCUUGUCUCACGUGAACGCAUUCAUCUUCUCUCAGGACGCUGCAGCACAGGAGGUUGAAGCUGCUCGACACAGUAUGUUGAGGAAAAUCUACUACCUGACUGAUGAGGUGUUGAGGAACCACUUGCUUCUUUUCCGUCUUCCCCAACAGCACACACAACUCGGAUUUGAUACAUAUGAAAAGUUGCCUCCCAUUAGAGCAAAGCGUUUAGAGAGUGUUUUGGGUGUGCAUGACAGCAAAGAUGACAAAGGAGACUGAGUGAAGCAAAGAGGGACAAAUAAAGUGGAAGCGAACCAAAAAGGAUGCAGAAGAGGGACACUGUGAGUCUGUUGGUGUGUGAAAUAAUAUGAAGUACAACAGAUUCAAGAUGGUGGGAAGCAAAGUCAGCAGUGGAAGGCCACAUAAACAUCAAGAUCUAUCUUGGCCCAAAAAACAGCACGGUCACAAAUGUUUCUGUGUCCAGUUCUCUUGGCGGAAACCAAAUCUUAGCUGGAGUCGGCCAGCUGUGCAAAUAACUUGGAGAGCUGUCACUGGAAAUGACCUGAAUCCUUGUUCAGCCACAGCAAAAUGUUAAAUACAGAAAUGAAGUACAGAUGCAACAAGCCACAGGUCCUGCAGUUCUUGUCCUGUUUCUACUUGUGACUCCAGUAUUUUGCCAAAAUUACAGUUUUAUUUUUUGUGCUUGAAAAGCAGCCCAGGACAGUUCUUGGCGUCUGAGUAGGAAAGACAAAUGUCCAACUUUACAAGUGCCUGAAAUGGUCUUUUUAUUUGUGAAUAAAGCAACACUCACAUGA